CUUACCCAACACACAACGUGUGCGGUGCUUGCGACUCGAAUUCGAAUCAAAUUCCCUGUUCUCCUGUGUAUUCCGUCACCCGUUCCCUCACAAGAUGACGGAGUAUAUCGACGAAGACGAGUACUACGACAACAAUGCGCCGGUGGUCUACGACUACGGCGAAUACGAUGAAUAUCCGUACCAGGCCAAUGCGAUGAGCUCCACACGGCUCACAGAAGCUAUGCGAAAUAAUCUCUCGUUCCUGCGCGACGCCAUCAACAAAGGCGAUCUGAACAGCAUGCAAGAUCUCUACGAGAACAGUCUCACCAAGUUGAUGGACCAGUAUCAAAAUCCUCUACCUCCGCCGGACUCCGAGGAGAUGCAACAGAUUUUGGAAAAAGACGAACUCUUCCUCAUCAUUUAUAAAGAGCUCUACUACCGUCAGAUCUACGCGAACGGCAAACCACUGCUCGACGAUCGAUUCAACAGUUACUACAACUACGUGGACUUCUUCAACUAUAUCCUCUCAUCGAACGAACCGGUGACGUUGGAGCUCCCGAACCAAUGGCUGUGGGAGAUCAUGGACGACUUCGUCUAUCAGUUCCAGAGCUACUGUGUCUACAUUUCGAACGUGGACAAGAUGAGCCCCGGUGACCAGAACCGGUGUCUGAGCCAAUUGAAAAUGUGGAACGUGCACUCGGUGCUCAACGUUCUCCAUUCGCUCGUUCAGAAGUCCAAUAUCAAUCAGCAGCUGGAGGUCUACUCCAAGGGAGGCAAUCCCGAAGAGGUAGCCGGCGAGUUCGGACGCCGACCACUCUACAAAAUGCUUGGCUACUUUGCCUUGAUCGCCCUGCUGAGGCUCCACUCCCAGCUCGGCGAUUACUACCAAGCGAUUAAAGUCCUCCAGCAUCUCGAGCUCAACCGGAAAGGUCUGUCACGAGUCCCGUCGUGCCAAGUGUCCACGUACUAUUACGUGGGCUUCGCCUACAUGAUGAUGCGUCGUUACGAGGACGCCAUCCGAACGUUCGUCAACGUGCUCGUUUACAUCAUGCGCACGAAAGCGAGCUUCCACUCGAGGAGCUACCAGCUGAAACAGAUCAACAAGCAGAUGGACAAAAUGUACGCUCUGCUCUCGAUCUGCAUGGCUCUCCAUCCGCAGAGGAUCGACGAAUCGGUGCUGCAGCUGCUCAAGUCCAAACAGGCCGCCAAUCUCCAAGCGAUGCAGAGCGGAGAUCUCGAUACGUUCGAGAGUCAAUUCUACUUCGGGUGUCCCCGCUUCCUGAGUCCGGUGAACCCCCUGGUGCACGGACUCCAGACCAUGGAUCCGAAAAUCGCCCAACUGAGCAAACAGCCCCAGCUUCAGCAAUGGAACGCUUUCCGGGGCGAAAUUGAAGCCCAGCUACAGAUUCCCACGAUUCGUAGUUUCCUCAAGCUGUACACUACGAUGCCGGUCGAGAAGUUGGCCAAGUUCUUACCUCAGCCUCUGGAUAUGGCGAAGGACGGACAACCGAUCCCUGAGCAGGAACUUUUGAAGCACUUCCACAGGAAACUGAUGAGCUUCAAGCACCUCAUGAGUAACAUGGUCUGCACCGGGGGAGGCUCGCUCGACGGAGAGUUCCAGACUGGUUCGGAUAUGGAUUUCUUCAUUGACAAAGACAUGAUCCACAUCGCCGAUACGAAAAUCGCUCGAAGGUACGGGGAGUACUUCAUCAGACAGUACCACAAGGUCGAGGAAGCUUUCGAGACUGCGAAGAGAAUUCAGCUCUGAAUAGUGUUCCCAUCUAAAUAAAUUCCCAGAUCACAC